UGUCGUCACACGCACACACCCAAAAAAAAAAAAACUGAUCCCAUUUCCCAAAUUCCCAAUCGGCCUGCGCCCCUGCCUGCCCAUUCGCGCCGCCCCCGUCGACCUAGAAGACGCCGCCGUCCCAUUUCUCCCGUCAAACCCCACGGCGGCCCCUUCCACCGCUAGCUCCACUGCGCCGGAUCCCCUUCCCCCUUGUCCAGCGCAGCGCUCGUUGGCCGAGGAGACGCCGUCGCCCUUUCUUAUUCGCUCAUAAGUCAUAUCCCGUCCCCUUCUCCGCCGUCCACUGCCCCUGCCGGCUGCCGAGCGGGCCUUCCAACGGGCGAACUGAGCACCGGCGCCCGGCACCUGUUCGACGCAAUGCCUCCGAGGCGCGUGGGAGCUGCUGCAGCGAGGGGCGAGGACCACAUCGGCGCCCUCCCAGACGAUCUCCUCCUCCACGUGCUGUCCUUCCUGCCGGCGCAUGAUGCCGUGCGCACGUGCGUGCUCUCCCGCCGCUGGCGCCCGGUCUGGAAGUCCUUGCGCGUCCUGCGCUUCACCAAGCACCAGAGCUGGGGAAGCGCGACCAAGUUCAAUAGGUUUGCCAACAGUGUGCUGUUCUUCCGCAACCGGGCACCUCUGGAAGAGCUCACGUUCGAGACCUACAUGUACGAUGCUAUAAACCCUCUCGUCGAUAAAGACCAAAAGAAUGAACGGGUUAAAUAUGCGCAGAAGUGGAUCAUGUACGCCUUAACGCACAAUGUGCAGGUGCUCAGAGUCCUUGUGAACUCAAGGCUCAGCAGACCUCAGCUGCGGCCCGUACCCCUGCUGCGGCUCAGUGAACCUCUCAUCUCCAAGCACUUGAUGACCUUGGAGCUUAAAUCUGUAGUGUUGACUAGUAACUCUAUGGAUUUCUCGAGCUGCCCUGCCUUAAAGAAUCUUAAAAUAAGGCAUUCCAAAAUUUGGGUCCACAAGAUAUCUUCCCAAUCACUAAGUCGUCUAAGUGUCAAGAAUUGUGAGUUUUCUGGUGAUAUAUGCACUCAGAUUUUGGCCCCAAAUCUAUCAUCACUUCUACUGGACGUGCGUUCUGGCAGGCUUCCUUACUUUCCAAGUGCAGUGUUGCUAGUGAAAGCACAUAUCAGACUUGAUCAGUACUGUAGGGAUCGCUGUUGGCACAGCAACUUUGAACAUUGUGCUCAUGAUACAUGUGUUGAUUGUUACGGUAAUAAUGACAGGAGUGCCAAGUGUGUGCUUCUUAGAGGCUUGUCCAAUGCUAAAAAUUUGGAGCUGGCAGUUCAAUUUUCAGUCUACAUUCAGAAUCGUGCAGCGGCCAUUUUCAAGCGAGAUAUGAAAUUAUGCCCCAUAUUUAGCAACUUAAAGACUUUGGUGCUCAAUGGGUGGGCUGUGGCCUGUGAACUUGAUGCACUAAUUUGUUUCCUUCAGCAUGCGCCAAUCCUAGAGAAGAUCACUCUUCAACUUAAUGGACUUAACUAUGAUGUGGAAAUGAGAGAAAGUUGUAGUUCAAAUGAAAAAAUUGCUCUGCCUGAGCACCUUAAAUUAGUCGAAGUCAGAUGCCAAAAGAUUGCUGAAAAUGUUCACAGAUUUGUGGAUGUCUUGAAUGCCUAUGGCAUAACUUCUGAUAUAAUCAAUAUCGUGGAGAUGGAUGUCUGAUCCAAAUGCAUCGGUUUGAAGAGGCUAAAGGGUGAUCUUGCUGUUGAUGGAUCAACCAGUCGUUAACCUCCAGGGAAAAAAUGAGAUGUGUCUUCUUUGUUGAACUGAAAAAAUGGCUGCCACAACGGAAAGGGAAGACUUCCAACUGUAUGACUUUAGUGUGACCUGCGCAGCUUGGACAACGAUUGUGUGGGGUUUUAAUUUCUAGGAUAAUUGGAUGAAUAUUUUGGGUUCCGUGGAAGGGAUUUCCUGAUAUAAAGCACUCUUUUUUUUAUACAGACGUGGCUAAUAACAAAGACGUGGCUGUAAACAUGGGCUCGGUCCAAUCCUAAACUAUAGUUAAUACCUUGUAUUAGUAUGCUAUUGACAUCUAUCGCGUUAAAAAUAUAAAUUACAAAAAUAUAUUUCAUAAUGUA